AUUCGAAUCAUUCGUUCGUGUCAACCCGGGUGUGAGAUAUGGGGUUGGUCGUUCCGAACAAGGAAGUGCGCGUUCGGGUGUUGACAUCAGUGGCAAGAUGGCGGCGAAUGUAAACUUCGAUGCGCUGGUGGCCUAUGAAAUGAUGGAUUCCGACGAAGAAGAUGAUGAAAAUGAUGAUAUAUGUAUUAUAGCCAUUGUUCUGGCAAGAGAGAAGAGGGCAAGGAUGCGAAAUUUCGCCGAGGAGGUGGUGCCUUCCAUGUCUUGGAAGGAAUUCAGCAGCCAUUUCAGGAUAUCACCAAGGACAUUUGACUUCAUUCAGUCAGUUGUUGAAAUGGACCUACUUCCGAAAGCACCCGGUGGCCCUUUAGAUGCGAUCCUGCCAACGAAACAAAUUAUGGUCUUCCUUUGGUACCUAGCGAACCAGGAGGUGAUGCGCAGCGUUGCUGUCAAGUUCGGUGUUUCUGAGAGCACAGUCCACAAGAUUGUCCGGAACGUGGCAGAAGCACUCAUCAGAAGGAAGAAGCAAUUCAUCAGGUGGCCAACACCAGAACGGAGACGUGAAAUCUCUGCAUCAUUUCAGGAAUCCAGUGGUCUUGUCGGUGUUGUAGGUGCCGUUGAUGGCUCUCAUAUUCGCAUAAUGAACCUGCCAGGUGGUGAAAGUGAUUAUUAUAACAGGAAAAAGUUUCCAUCUUUGCAACUACAGCUUGUUGCCGAUGACAGGCUCCUGAUCAUCAAUACCAAUGUUGGUUGGCCAGGUUGUGCUCAUGAUGGCAGAGUUUUCCGAAAUAGCCAGUUGGCAGCUGAUGCCGAUGCCGGGAAACUUUUUUCGCAGGAUGAAUUCCUGAUAGGAGAUUCUGCGUACCCGCUCCGUACAUACCUGAUGGCUGUGAUGAAAGAGAAUCGUCUUCUCUCAAGGGAGGAGAGAGUGCUGAACAAAAAACUUAGUUCAUGUCGGCAGGUUGUUGAGCGGGCAAUUGGGUUGAUGAAGGGACGCUUUCGCAGACUGCGUGAACUCUACUCUAGAAAAGUGAAAGACAUGUGUAAAUUGAUCACUUGUGCAGCCAUCUUACACAACAUGUGUAUCUUAACAGAUGAUGAGGUGGAGGUCUACGUUGAAGAAGAGGAGGUGAACAAUUUCGACAAUGUAUAUCACUGCCCUGCCCCAGCAAUUGCACUGCGAAGGAGGCUGCUGCAAUAUUGCUAG